GAUCCGAAGACUUUCUGCUCGUCUGCUAGCCGUCUGGCCGUCUGGUCACAACACCUCUGAAAACAUGUCAUUUAUCUCGCUAGAAUUUCGCACUUGGAGCUGAAAUGGGCCCUCAUUCUUUUCUUUGAUCGACAUGCCGACCAACGGAGAUGAGGUUCACCAGUUGCUUGCCGCCUGGCGGCAGAACCAGGAUGACGGAAGAGAUAGGAAAAGGCACCGGGGUGCUGAGCCCAGGUGAUUUAAACUCUAACAACAAUGGCGAAACAACAGCUAGCUACGCAGCAAGCUAUGUUAGCAACACAUCUUCUCAAAAUGAUGCGGACUUCAUCCAAGACAACUCUGAAUACCAAUGGUUUUUGGAUUACGGGUAUCGAGAGGGCAUGCACCACCAAGUUAGUGUGUUGUCAUCCCUCUCUGAAUCAUAUGCAAGGGGUUUGCUGACCAGCGGAGUUGAUGAUAAGGCCUGUGGUCUUUAUGAUGAUCUUGCAAGAAAUUUGGACGCUAAUCUUGCUGAAGUCGACAUGGAGAACUUUUGUGCUGAGGAUAUCCACUCCUUGCUCAACACACUCCCAACCAUGUGUGACCUACAAAAGGGUGCAGAGAGCAAUAGUCAGGGAGAGAUGUUUGCUAGCAUAUCAGCCUUAACAUCCUCCAUGAUGGGAAAAUUUGAUUUUGAUUCAUCUCUAAGCCCACAUAGUAGCUCACAGGGCGAAGACUCAGCAGGGUCCAUUGAUACAAUGUCUAUUUGCAAAUCUGAGUUACUAUUUUCACCUGUAAAGGAAAGUGCCGUACCUGGCACUAUCAACUUUAGUGUAGACUCUCUAGACUCUGACAUUAUGCUUACCUGUCAAGCAAACAAAGAUAAUUACACAAUAGCAUUUGAAGGAUCUACAACUAUGGGUUCAGAGGAUUCUGAAGAAUACCAUGAUCAGGGUGACAGCGAGACAAGUACCGACAGCCACAAUUGGUCCAAAAACAGUCGUAUGAUGAACCCAGCCCUUGCAGCAGUGCUUGCAGCUGAGCAAAGGCUACUAAAUUCUUCUCUGACGUCUACAGGCUCUGGAAAAAGUUCAAAGAAUGGCUGUGGUCGACCAAACUGCAAGCAACUAUUGACAUCUUCUCAUAAUAAUAUGGCAAGAUCUGACUCCACAUUCACAACUUGGAGCAAGCUGAAGAAGCCUGAUGCAGAAAAUCCACUGGAGCAGCAGCAGCUGAGCCGGCACCCUUCUGGCAACAACAACACAACACAAGGGACUGAGGAGGAAUCACAACCUGACAAUACUGAGCAAACAGCUGUUAAAAGUCGCAGCUUGCCAAAUUUGGCAAGACAACAACAACAACAGCGUCAGCAGCACCAGCAGCGUAUAAAACAGCAGAUAAGAGCAAGUUUAGCUCUUAGCACAUCAUCUUCCAUUGAAUCCUCCUGUGUGAAACUUUAUGACGUUCGUUGUAAUGGUAGCCCACUUACAUCUAGUGGUGCGAGCAGUUGUAGUGGAAGCAAGCCAGCUGGAGGUAUUAACCUUGUAAGAUUAUUCAUGAAACAACGAAGUGGUUCAGGGACUGAUCAUUCCACGUCUGUGAGUGAUUGUUGGGACAGUGACUCAUGCAUCAGGUCUGCAUCAGGUCCAAUGAGGCGUAACAAUAAUGAGUGGCAGAGCAAUGGAGCAAUCAGUCAGUCUUGUCGUGGCAAGCAAGUGUUCCGAUCAUGCCAAGGUGUGGAAGUGACCCGAAAUGAUAAUAGUGUUGAUGAGUGUCAAUGUCUUCCUGAAGAAAGCAUGACGAAAGUUAACAAUAAACUGAGUUUCAGGAGCAUUGACUCUCUUAAUUGUGGGCAUCCACGAAAGAAUAAUGGAAGUUGGGUCCGUGGAGAAGAAAUGACUGACUGCUCUACCUGCACGUUUGAAGAUAGUUUGUAUCGUCUUGAAGAUGGCGCUCAGAGAACACAUGAACAAAUUGCAGAGGAAGAGGCAGAAGGCCCAUCAGAACACUCUGAGUCAGUUGAGCAAGUCUCAGAAAGUAUAUCUAAAAUUAACAGCAUGGCCAGAGACUCAACUUUGGAAAAUGUUCAUAGUUGUGAUGACAGUUCCAACUACUCUAGUCACCAUGGCCAUGUCCAUGGUUUGAAUAAGACUGAGGGCGAUUUGUUCCAUUGCCGGCGAUAUAAUGUGAAUAAUAAUAAUAGUUUGGAGAGAGAGGAUAUUGCUUUAGAUAGUAGACGACAAUCGCCUCGUGGAAGUCUAGCUAACUGUUGCUGUUGCGGUUGUGAGAAUAAGGAUUGUAGAAAGCAUUCAGCGACACAAUGCCAAUUACCUCUAAUUAAUAGAAGUAUGCAGACCUCAUGUAUGUUGGAUGUCUUAUCCAAAGCAACACUACAAGAAGUGAAGGUUCCUCCCAAGAAAGAAAGUGCUUUGCAAUCAGCUCACACCGAGAAGGAAGAAAAAGAAGAUGAUCAAACAGAAAAGGGAACUAAGCCAGUCUAUGUGUAUUAUCCCAACUAUGCUCUUCCUGACCUUGGGUUUUUGAAGGAGAAAAAACCUAAUCUAGAUCUCACUAAGGUGUAUCUUAGGCCUCAAAAGUUUUCUGCUACUACAAACACCGGCAAUGCUGAUUUGAUAUCUAAAAUUCCAGCUUGCCUGAGGCAGCCAAAAAAGAGUUUGAAGCCGCUUAGACCUUUCUCCUGCAGUGAUGUUGAAAAUCUUCGCAAGAAAGGUUUUAAUCACAUUCAAGAUUGGAAUUCUCUCUCAGUUCUUCUUCCUAAGGAAUAUAGGAUACUUCUUGCAGAUAUACCAGAAGUUCUGAAGCAUAUAGAUGCUAAAAAUCUUUGUGAGCCAGAUGUUCAUCCUCUUUUCUGUGCAUCAGCACCUUUGAAAAACCGUCACUCUAACCCAGGUUGUGAGUGCACUAACUUGUCUUCGGCCUCCAGCACUAAUACUCAACCCUCAUCUGGAUAUAGAGGCUCAUCCACUCUUUUAACUGACUCAUCUACUCAGUCUCCAAAUUACAAUCCUCUUUAUGUGUAUCGGUAUGACAGCGUGAGUUCAGAGGCCAGUCUCAUGGGCACUGAGAAGAAAAAACCAGCAGUUUCAGCUCAUGCCCCUCCUCUUCCAAAGAGAUCCAUUUCAUUGCCAGGAGCUAAGGAUGGCAAGAAGAAUGGAGGAAAUCCAGAAGUUUCGCCACAGUCACCUGUGCCUCCUAGACCACCACUACCUAAAGGCAUCCUGCGAACUGGCAUGGAUGGUGAUGUUGUUUCUAACAGUAAAAUGAGAAAAGAAGCAGCAAACAAGAGGUUCAGUAUGUUUGAAAUGGGAGCUGGUCAAAAUGUAAAUGUGGCAAACAAACGUUGCUCUUUGCAAGAGCCGUAUUUCCUCCCUGGGCAGAGUGAUCGUAGGUCACGAGCUGCUGGGCGUCAUGAAGACUCUGCUUGUGGGGAUGAUGAUGAAGGACUAGUUGUAGAUGGCUCUGAGCAUCACAACCAUCACCAUCACCACCUUUGCAGCCAUGCAGAAUUUGAAGAUGUUUUACGUUUAUCAGACUACAUUCAUAUGAGCACUGCAGGACUCUCAGAUGUAUCUUCUGAAUCUGAAUGGGAUGAUGAGAAAAUGGCAAGACUGAGGCUUCAAGUCAGUAGAUUUUUAAGCACCACAGGAUCAGAUACGAGUGAACCAGCAACACAGCAGACCUCGAAAGCAGUUUCAUUUGGUAGUGCUGCUAAGCUACAGCCAAGUUCAACAGUUGGAGAGAUGAAGACCCCACCCAAUUCACCAAAUGUAUCAGCUUUACUUGGGAACCGUCAGUACCAAUGCAAGCUGCAACAGCCAUUGUCAGACUUGCCAAUUCGGGAGGAGGACCCUGGUGACUCCAGUGCAGAUGAACACUGCUCAGCUCCAUCUUCUACCACCCCUUCUAGUCAUAUGAAACCUGACUUUGAGUCCAAAAAGGCACUUAUUGGGGCAGUGUCAGAUGCUGUUGAGGAAGUGAUUUCACAUUUCUCUGGAGCAUCUACACCUGGAGAGUGUUCAAGGCUAGGUGACUCUGGCAUCACCCCUGCAGUUGCCAACUCAGUCAUUGGGACCUUGUGCCCAGCACUUUAUGCUGUUCUUAGUGAUGGCCUUUUGGCUAACAUUGCAACUGCUUUCGGAGAUAUUUCUAAUUCUGUGUGGCAAGUGGUUGAGGCAUCUGCUCAGCAAGGCCAUAUGACGCGCUCUCUCAAUGAGCUUGUAUUGCGCCUGAACAGUGAGGAUGUCUUUUCUGAAGGCUUACUUAAAUUCAAUGCCUUUGUCUUCGGACUCCUUAAUGUAAGGUCGGUGGAUGCAUGGAUGGGCUACCUGCGAACGAGGGAAAGCAUUCUCCGAAAACAUUACAGCACUGAGGCUCUUUUAGUCCUCUCAUUACGUGGUGGUCCUUUGUACCACUCUCUUACUGACAGCCUUCUUGCAGCUCUGAGACCUCUUGCUCUGUUGCCAUUCCAUCUUGAUCUCCUCUUUGAGUGCCGCCAACUGCAUCAAAGUUUGCAGCGUUUGGGCGCUGCUGCUGCCACUUCACCAACAUCACUUUUACGCCUUGUGCGUUCUAUUCAAAACUCUGUUGGUCAACUGACAAUUGCAGAAGAAUAUGCCCCUUUGUUCAAAGGAGAUAUCUCAUCUGAAAAUCCACUCCCAGAACACCUUGAGCUUUCAGCCAAUUCUACCCAUCUUACUACACCAAUGAAGCGCAAUAGUCGGGCUCGACAGUUGAGAAGACCUCGUUCUUGUGUUGAUCCCUCUGGAGACCUCCUUGACCCUUCAAACCCUUUGCGUAAACGGUGGAGUGGCGUCCAGCUGGGGUCUAAACUCAGCCAAGCUCUUGAUCGGCUAUUGGCUGAAGAUGCUGAGGAACAGGAUUUUUCAGACAGCCUUAAUGCUGCAACUCCAGCUACACCUCAGCAGCGAGUACAAUCUGACCAAUCAACAAGUGAGGAUGUGACCCUGGUCAGCCAUUGUAGUGACAUGGAUAACACCGACACAGAUUUGUCUGACCGUUCCGGGGCAGCAGCUAAAGCCAGACGAGCAAAUGCCCUAGGAGUGGGUGGUAAGUUCCGCCGGCUUCAAAUGAAAUGGGAAAAGUUGAGUGGCAGUGGAACUGAAUCUAGGGACCAGAGUACACGGCCCUCUCCAGAAGCUUCCCCAACUAAAGCAGUGAGGUCAAGGCCUUCUUUCAGUGGAAGCACUCGCACGUCGCCAGCCAUGUCCCCAGUCAAAUCAACCUCAAGAUCUUCACUUCACAGUCCAGGAAGCACGACAAGCAGCACAAGCUCCAUGUCUCGCAUACCUCGGCCAGUCACUUCGCCUGUUCGACCUCCAACGGGCAUUCCCCUCCCGCGGAGUGCCACAUCUCCUACCCAGGCUCAAAAUCCCAUUCGAAGACCAAGCCUACCUCCUGCGCAGGGCAAGCGGCCUCCAUCGGUAGUGACACGCUCGAGCCGUGUGGACCAGUCACUGGCUGUGGAGCCCCGCAGCCCCGCUACAAGACCUAGCAGUUUACCUUACAGUCCUGUCGGUCAGUUAGACACCUCCAAAAGAGUUUCUCAGCGCCGCGCUAACUCUGCUUCAGUCAGCCGACCUGCUCCGUCUGCACGGAAAGCUAAGCCUGUGCCAAGAUAUGUGAGAACAAUUAAACAUCAGCUGGCGUCCGAUAGUGGACACUUAUCAUUCAGUACAGGAGAGCGUCUCAGCUUAGUUCUUGAAGUUGAUGAGGAGUGGUUGUUAUGCUGUCGUGGUGAUCGCAAAGGUUUGGUGCGUCGCUCUGCAGUUGUUGCUACUCAUGACCAUUCGUCUCGAUUUUAAACGACUCUCGAACUUGUCUAUGCCUGAAUGAAGUGCAAAGAUUGUAUUAUUUAGUAAAAGGUUAUCAUGUUACCCUUUUUUUCCCCUUUUUUUUACAUAAGUUUUUAUUGUUAUUGUUAUUUUAGGUCUGUUUCUCUCUCUGGUCAUUUGUUUUUGGAGCAAUCUAAUUUUUAGCUUUAAUUGAGCUGUUGAAUUUAUUAACUUAGUUUGAUUUUAAUUAUCUUUAGUCAGAGUCAAGCCAUAUUCAUGAUAUUUGAGCCUUAUUUGUUAGUCAUGGUCUAUGAGCUUAUAAUAGGAAGGUUAGCAUGAUGGAGCUUAGUUUAGCAUACUUGCAUACUGGUAAUUACAGAUGAGGUGUAGUCUUAUUCAUUUAAGAAAAUAUCUGUCUUAAAUUAAUUUUUGUUUUGUAAGCAGCGUAAUUACUGAUAGUGUACGUUAUGUUGUUUUUGAUCUCUUAUUAAUUUUUUAUGUACUGUGAGGGAGAAAUUUGGUUCUAGCCAGUUGAGUUCUAGCCAACGCACUAGCUCUCCUACUUAUAGAAUUUUUUUUGGCGUAACCAUUGACAUCAGAAGAAUGAUUGAUAUUUGUACCAUAUAAGAAUGUAUGUGAAGAUUGAUUGAGCCACGCUUGUGUGCUAUUCUCACUGUCUGUGAUUGCUUAAAUGACUCGCUUAUGUCUUGCUUGUGAUUGUAACUGUAAUAUCAUUUUCACAUUUAAUUACAUACUGUAGUCAGACAGAACUCAACAGCUAUUAAAGAAAUGUGGAUAGAAUACUCACUUUUUUUGUACCCAAAUUUAUCAACCUGCUUAAAUACUGCUGAUUCCAUGAUAUCAUAUGUGUAUAUAUGCACUUCUCUUUAGUAAAGAAGCAUAGAUAUCUAUCUUGUGAGCUUUCUGUCACCACUUGACCUUUUGCAUCCCUAGAUUCUGAGGGGUUGAUGUAAUGUUUAAAGAAGUCUGAUUUCUUGAAAUGCAGUUAUGUUGUGUGCUUGCCUGUUUGCUAGACACUUGUUGGUGCUAUGAGCCUAGUAAAUUAAAACUUCAAGUAUUGUCACUGAAUCUUAGUUUCAUAUUUAAUGUUAAUUGUUUAUUUUCAUUUCUAAUUUUAGUUUUAUUUCGUUAUCUUAACAAUUAAUGGAUUUUAAUGACCUCAUACUAGGGACAACUGGAGACUAUUUCCGGGGACUGACUCCGAAAAAUUUCAGUGUGCACUAUUGUAUUCUGCAGAGGCUGCGCUUUAUCACCACAUGAGUGAGGCCAACUUAAAUAAUGUCAUAUCCCUUAUCCCACAAGACAAAACAUGUAGAUGCUACUUUAGUGUGAUCUUUUGAGAUAAAUAUGUACUGUGUGGAAAGUUGGUGAGACUGUUGAAGGGAGUGUUUGCAUUUUGCAAAUUAUGUUGGGGAGAUAUAUUUUUCAGUAUUCUAAUGAAAAAUUUGUGAUUGAUUAAAUCUUUUUAGGGGUUUUCUUUUUAAAAAAAAUUGCAAUAUACUGUUUGCUGAAAGGUGACACAGACAAAAUUCCAAUUUGUAGAGAAAUCUAAUCAUGCCAUGGGUAUAGUCUAGUUAAUUACAGUAUUAAAUGUCCUAAAGUUCUGUAAAUACUCUCAUUUUGGGUGAGUGGUCCAUCAGAUGUGUGAUGAGUGUGGCCUUUACUUAGGAAAUCAAAAUUGUGUCCUUUCCAUAUUUCUUUGCUAACUUUAAUACCUUUGUAUAUUUGUUCUUUUUAUUCCUUCAAGCAGUCAAGCAAACUUCUUAAGAAAGUGCUUGAGCUUGUGAAGUGAUAUUGCACUAUUCUUGGUAUCUGUAUUUCCAUGUUCUUGAUUUUUCUUCGCGCACCUACGGGAGUAGGUAGACCGGGUAUACAGAGAGAUACUCUUUUGUGGUCACUCCAAGCUCUUCCUUUUACUUCUUAUUUCCCUCUUUUUUUCUUUACCUUCUUAUUUCCUUUUUUAUUUCUUUUUCUUUCUUCUUUUCUUGCUUUGUCUCCUUGUUUUACAUCUUUUUCUGUAUCUAUGUUGGAGUGGUUUGAGUUGGCUUGCUUGGAAAGAAUGUGAACAUACUUUUCUUAAAAGAGGUUGCAACCAUUUUCAAACCAGGCGGUUUGACAGUGAAUUUGAAUUGUGUAAAAGAUUGCAGUGGUGCCAUAUAGAAAUCUGCUUAAGGUGACAAAUAAGAGGUGUUCAUAAAGGUAUAAUUUAAUCUGCUAGUCACGCAGUCUCUUCUAAAAGUAACUAAUAUUUCCCCAUUAUGUAAGAUAUGCUUUGGAUUUAAGAAGUUUUCUUUUACAAUCAUUGUGUAAUUUACAAGUCAUCAGUUAAACAUGUCAAAAAAAAAAGCUCCCUAUGUUACAUAAUCACAUAUAAUGCAGCUUUCGUGUUUUAUAUCUCUUUAUUAUUUAAUUUGGCCGGAUUCAAUGUUUGCUGUAUCAUUUCUCACUGAUUCUAAACUUGAAAUGUUAUCAAUAGGUGAUUCUACAACAAAUCGGUUUCAACCUUCAAUCAUUUUUUACAUUGAUAUUAUUUGUAAAUCUGUAUGUAACAUGGAUUUUAUCAUAAUUUUGUUGGCAUUUAAUUUAAGAUGAUAAAUAAAUGCAUGAAUUACA